AUGAAUUUCGGUGGUAUGAUGGGCGGUGGCGCCGCUCCGAACGUGUCCUCACAGCCUUCACAGCAGUCUCAACUAAUGAUGGCAAAGGUGGAAAUGGCCUCUUACGCUGAUCUGUUUGAGCGUCUGUCACGCGUGUGUUUCCAGAAAUGCAAGUUCAAGUACAACGACGGCCAACUGAACGUGGGCGAAAUGAGUUGCAUCGAUCGCUGCGCUGGCAAGUACAUGCAGGCUUAUAGUUCACUGGGUGUCAAGAUGGCGCAAGUGGAGAAGGAGAUUAUGGAUCAGGCUGGCGCUAGCGUGCAGCAAUAG